AUGUCCGGCAAACCCGACGAACCCCCCGCGUACACCGGGGGCCCCCAACAGCCCCAAGCCGCGUACCAGCAAGGCCCCUACGGCGCGCCCCCUCCACCUGGUCCCCCGGGCCAGCCCCAGCCGUACUACCAGCAGAACCCCAACAUGGGCUACUACCCCCCGGGCCAAGGGCCACCACCCCCGGGCGGGUACGGCUACCCGCCGCCGCAGCAAGGGGGAGCGUACUACCCGCCGGGCAUGCAGCCGCCGAACGGCGGGGGAUACUACCAGAACCCGCAGCACAACAAUAACAGCGACUCCGAGAAGGGGUGUCUGGGGGCGCUGAUCGGGAUAAUGGCUUGUUGCUGUUGCUUGGAUUGUUUGUUUUAG